AUGGAGCCAAGUCUGGAUCAGUUUUCGCAAUCCUACAACGCGCCACUGCAUCCCGUUGAAAAUCGUUUCUGGCGUAGUCCUGAAAAUCUUGGUGAAGUUUCCGGAGUUGCAGUUGAACCAACGGGAAAUCUCGUAAUUUUUCAUCGUGGAGAUCGAGUAUGGAAUUAUGAUACUUUCAACAAGAAUGCAGAAUAUCAAGAAAAAUACAGAGGCCCCAUUCGUGAUAACACAGUAUUAACGCUGGACUCUGAAACUGGUGAUAUUAUUCGUGGUUGGGGAAAUCAAACGUUUUAUUUGCCACAUGGAAUCCAUAUUGAUUCCUUUGGAAAUAUAUGGUUGACUGAUAUUGCUCUCCAUCAAGUUUUCAAGUAUUCGCCUUCCGGCGUUCUUCAACUAGUACUCGGUGAAAAAUUUGAGCCUGGAAGCGACGUAGAACAUUUCUGUCAACCAACCUCGGUCGCAGUUUUACCAAGUGGUGAAAUUGUCGUCGCUGACGGAUAUUGCAACAAUAGGUUAAUACUAUUUGACGAGAGAGGCAAUCCUAAAUAUACUAUUGGCGAAAGUUGGAUUACUUUAAGAAUCCCGCAUUCUCUGACAAUUUUGCCAAAUCAACAAGUAUGCAUCGCUGAUCGCGAAAAUUGGAGAAUUGUAUGCCUGGAUGUAACAUUUUCCGGAUUGAAUCGAAAUUUGGAACCCCCUUAUUCGAUUCGUCAUCAGCAAUUUGGCCGAAUAUUUGGAAUUGCAUCGUACCAUGGUUUUAUUUAUGCUGUUAACGGUAUGACACCUAGGAACAUUCAAAUUAAAGGUUUUACUAUUGAUCCUACAAAUCAAAACGUAACUGGGUUUUGGGGUCCGGAAUCCUCAUCUUUCACAACGCCUCAUGCCAUUGCUGUAUGCCCGUACGGUAGAGCUCUUUAUGUAUCAGAAAUUGGACCAAACAAAGUAUGGAAGUUUGAUUUGACCAGAUUUAACUAAUGGAGGUAAAAGAAAACCAGUGUUGCAGCAAAAAUCUGUUGUUUGAUGUUAUUUAUAUAAUUUUAAAGUGUAAAUAAAAAAUCAAAUUUAUGAAAAUAUAAUAAAAUCCUUUUCUAAUA